AUUCCAGAAACCGUCAUCGAUCAUCAUUUCCAAAAGCCAACUGGACGCCGUUUUUUUCGAUCAUAAGGUAAUAAAUAAUAGAGGCAAAGUUCAACUACCUGUUAUUACUUUAUAGGUAACCUACGUGACCCUUUUGAAAUAUUCAAAUGCCUGGAAUAUAUCGAUCCAAGUAAACACCGAUAUGUUGCGUGUCGUUUGUUAUCGAGAAACUCUGAAAUAUCCACCCUUCAAAAGCCUUGCGUGGUACCCUCCUACCUGCCCGGCCUACUUAAUUAAACAAAUCUGGAUUUGGAUUCCAAUCCAGACCAUAUCCAGACUUUAAACAGAUUUGUUUACCCUUCACCCCCACGUACGACUCUGUUGCCCAUCUCUAUCUUCGUUCAACACACUCAUUUUAUGUUCUCAUCUUGUUUAGUUUUGACAGCUGACACAAACAAACGAACGCACAGCUGUUCAUUGAAUCGGUUUUUCGCGUCGUUUCCUUAACGAGUUUUCGAAAAAAAUGUUCGGCGAAACGGUAAAAUUAACGUUUAUACGAUUAAAUCAAACGCACACCGCUUUUUCCCACUUUGAAUUCCGCAUAAAUCAAUAAAUUUUCGUAUAAACUCACACUUGUAAUCAAAGUAAGCCUCAAAAAUGGGGCGCGCGACUUGAACUUGAUGUGGUGAGAAAUGAAUUUUGUGGAGGAAAAACAUGGUAUUGAGUACGGAUUGGUCGCAAGUUGAAGUCAUAGAUCUGUUUAACGAUGGUUCAGGACUAGGUUUUGGUAUUGUGGGAGGUCGUAGCACCGGUGUUGUUAUUAAAUCCAUUCUUCCUGGAGGUAUAGCGGAUAAAGAUAGUCGUCUACAGAGCGGGGAUCAUAUCUUACAAAUCGGGGAAGUGAAUUUGACGGGAUUCAGUGCCGAUCAGGUAGCUUCCGUCCUGAGACAAACCGGACCACAAGUUAGGAUGGUGGUAGCCAGACCCAUCGAGCCAACAUCAAUUGACUUCCAAACAUAUCACUGUACUGCUCCAAUAGUUGAAACGAAAAUACUCACAGACCCUGACGAGCUUAACAGACAGCUCCUACAAAAUGGCUAUUCCAUGUCCUUUAAUACAAAAGGGGAUUUAACGCCUAUUGAUGAUAAAAUCGCCAGCAAGAACACGGAUUUGAAUAGUCCAAAGUCGGAAAAAAUAUGUGAGAGUAUAGAGAAGACCAAUCAGACCUUUGAAAUCAUCAGGAAAGUCAAGAGUGUUGAUAUUUGUGAAAUUUCCUAUUGCAACAAUAAUAAUAAUAACAGUGAAAGCAUUACUCCAAACUGUGACAGUCCGGCAACUGAAAGUCAAAGUCCUGUGAGUGCCAGUCAAAUAAUAGUUACUCCUAUCGAUUUAGAAGAUGACAUACCCGAAACUGAAAUUUACACAGUCGAAUUGGAAAAAGGAGAAUAUGGAUUAGGAAUUACCAUAGCUGGUUAUGUAUGCGAACGGGAAGAUCUGAAUGGCAUAUUCAUCAAAAAUAUCACGGAAGGCUCUGAAGCUUUUAAAUGUGGCUUGAUCAAUAUUAAUGACAGAAUAAUUGAAGUUGACGGGCAUUCGUUACAAAACCUGACCAAUCACGAAGCCGUAAGAAUUCUGAAAGAUACAAAAGACAGUGUUCUCCUGACGUUUGAAAGGUACUUGAGUGGUCCGAAAUUUGAACAUCUCCAAGAAGCCAUUGCCAGUCAGCAAAAGAGAGAGAGCACUCCUCCAUCACCUUCAUCUUUAGCCACUCUCAGUUGGAUUCCCAUAGAGAACACUGAACAACCAAUUCCACUAGAAACAGAAGGCGACUCGAUUACAUCAGUUCCAAGUGAAAUAUAUGAUCAGAUUGUCGAGAAUAAAGAAAUAUUUAUAGAGGAAGAUUUUGAAACCAAUCCGAAAGACGACCUGGAAAGUGUGAUUAAAAGAAAAUGGGAAGGAUUACUGGGUGAUGAGGCAAACGUGGUUGUUGCAAAUUUAACUAAACUUAAAGGACUGGGAAUAAGUUUGGAAGGUACUGUAGAUGUGGAAAAGGGUAUUGAACUAAGACCUAGACAUUACAUAAGGUCCAUUCUCCCUGAAGGGCCUGUAGGACAAAACGGUAAACUCAGUCCAGGGGACGAACUUCUAGAAGUAAACGGACAAAAACUAGUUGGAUUAAGUCACGUUGAUGUAGUAAAAAUACUUAGGGAAUUGCCUAACAUCGUGAGAUUAGUCUGUUUAAGAAAGGAUAUAACCGAUAACAGGGUUAUCAAUACGUCCCAAGACAUUGAAGCUUUUGAACAGAGGAAUAUUUUGGGAGGAAGCUUAAAAAAUUUACUGGCACAACCCGAACAGAGACUUAUAAAGGCGCUGAGUGAAACAAGUCUUCAUACGUCCAGUACAGUAACUGUGAGCGAUGAAUCGGGUGGUUUAAAUAAGGAAAAAUCGCGAUCUAUGGAAAUGAGCUCGCCGGCUAUGUGGAGCGACGAUAUUGAAUACGUCGAAUUACAAAAGAAAGACAGGGGUCUUGGCUUCUCUAUUUUGGAUUAUCAAGACCCUGUAGAUCCAAAUUCAACUAUUAUAGUUAUCAGAAGCUUGGUGCCCCAUGGUCCUGCGGAAUUGGAUGGUCGUAUCACACCAGGAGAUAGAUUGAUGAGUGUGAAUGGUACAAUAAUCAGGAAUUUUACAUUAGACCAGGCAGUACAAGCCCUUAAGGGUACUUUACCAGGAAUUGUAAGGUUAGGAAUUUCAAAACCAUUGCCGUACGGCAGACACAAUGGUAAUGUAAGUAAUAAGUCCUAAUAUAAUUAUUGAAAUGUCAUUUUACUGUAUGUAAAAAUUUUGUAUGUAUAUACUUUGUUUAUAUAUUAAAUAGAAGGUUUUAGUUCGUAUUGUAAAGUGCAAUGACUAAAGAAUACAAGGGCACUAACUGGAGCUAAAUCUUUGAAGUAAAAUUAUAAAACACCAUUUUUCUGGUGUCAAAUAAAGGAGGCGACACCAGGAAUAAUUUUAGCGAUUUGUAAUUGUUUGUUGUAUGUAGUGAACGUUGUAACUUUGUACAGGGUGAGUCAAUGAAAGAGUUUAUUAUUUCAUUCGUUUUGAGAAUUAUUAAAGAAAUGUUAAUAGAAAAGUUAUAGGGAAGAUUAAGAUGCACAUUUCAAAAUUAUUACAGAGUAUACAAGGUGCUUCAAUGCAUCACUUAUUAUAUGCCCAAAUAAUUAAAAAAUAAUAACUAUCAAACUUUGACAUGUCUAUUAAACACAUUAAGAACAAAAAUUGAAUUUUAGUUUAAUUUGUUGUAAUAAGUAUAGGUGGUAGAGAUAAUAGUUAGAUUUUCCUGAAAAUGAAUUAUUGCUUAAUAUAAUUAAUUAUGAAUUUUUUAUAUUAAUCCUUUUGCACGGCACUGGCCAAAUAGCUUUUGUAUCCUUUGGACUGGUAACAAUUUUAUUUCUGGUGUUAUUAGUCCUUGUAUUCUUUAGUCAUUUGUAAAGUGUUUACUUGUCUUCUGAACGUUUGUUUCACAUAUAAAUUUAUCUAUCGGAAGGACCAAAGGAGUGUAACAGCUUAUACUUUACUUCAAUAUAAAAACAAAGUAUAUUAGUGUAAAUAUAUGUAAAAAAAUAAAUAUCUCUCAAAACCAAAAAUAUUAAUUUAUGGAAAUAAGUGCUUGUUGAAUUUUAUCUUUCAAUCAAAAAAUCUGAUUAUUUUUUUUUCUUUUUACUUUGAUGCUGUGAUAUAUACACGAUCUUGUCAAUAAUAAUAUUGUUGUGAGAAAAUAUUUAAAGAAAAAUCAAAUCAAGGAAAGUUGUGAACUUUAAAAAUGUUCUUUUUUAUUUUCUAAUUGUAGCUUGUAAGGUAUACUCGAAGAGACCACUUGACACAUACCAUUUUAAAUAUUUAUUAAAUUUUAAUAAACACUUUGGUAAUAAUUAAGAAUAAAUCAAAUAAAAUCAGCACAAUCACUGUUGCCUUUCUAGGUUAUGUAUUUUUUAAAUAAGAGUUGAUAUCGUUAUGAAUAAAAAUAUGGUUAAGUAAAGUUAUGCUCAAAAAAUAUCUGAAUAUGUAAUCUAGUGUUUUUAUUCAUAAUUUUUGAAAUCGUAUAAAGGUGCGUUUAGGCCUGCUGCGCCGCUCCACGCCGCGCCGCGCAAAUCAUUUUUUAACAUAUACUUUUGUGCGCUCUAAAAAAAUACACUUCAAAAGUACAUGUUAAAAAAAUGUUUUUCGCGGCGCGGCCGGCCGGUGUGAACGCACCUUAAGAAAAUAGUAAAGUUUCAAUUUGGUAUACUCCCGUAUUGUUGAUCUCAUAAUAAUAAAAAUUUAAAAUAUCUCGAAUAUAAAUUAUAAAUCUUUAUUACGACAAAGAGAACGUUUGCAGGUAUUUUGUAAAUAGUGAUUAUUAAUUAUUAUUAAGAAUGAAGAACAAAAACACGUUAAAAUAUAUUCUCAGAAGCACAAUAAUUAGGUACUAAAUAUUUUAAUACAUAUUAGUAAGGAAUGAAAUUGUAAAAUUGAGCGUUAGGAUUGCACAACGACCUUAGCGCAUGAAAAUAAAUUCUGAACUUUGAUCAAAUGACAAGAACAUUAUCAUUGCCGAUAUCUCCUAGUUACAAUGUAGUUCUUUUUUCAAAAUAUUGCAUUGUUUUAGCUUAAAAAAAACUUGAAUUAUGCGGCUUUUUUGCGAGAGCUACCGGCGCUGCGUUAAUAAAGAGAUGGCUAUGUAAAGUACCUCUGCUGGAUCUGUGUCUAUGAAAGGAAUGCGGACAAAAAACAUUUAAAUAAACAGCAAUAUAUUUUAUACGUCGAUUUGACGAGUACAUCACCACAAAUCGCUCCGUCCACUCAUUUUCUUGGCUACUUGCAAAUUUGUAGAAUUUUUAUUGAUGGGACGCGUCGUCUAUUUUUUUACGAAAAACAUCGAGAGAAUAUCGUUUCCCCUGUCACGGAUACCCCGUAGCUACAGAACGGACAGACGUACUGUACGUCAAUCGAAAGACAGUAUUUGCGAUAGUCUUUUGUUUACACGGAGUAUAGAAAAUUUUUGCCACAGCUUGUUUACUACCAGUAGUAUUUGUGCGUUUUUUUAAAUUAUUUAUUAUUAAAUAGAAGGAAAUGCGACCGAAAAGAAAGGUCAAAAGCAUAGACAAACUAACAAAAGCAAGACGCGUCAACGCUGUACUGCAAAACGGUAACAAGUUUGAUAAGAGUUUAUUACCGCGCUUGCGUCAACUGGCCUU